UGCACCGGAGGUUGGGACAACCCUCCCCCGGGAGCCUGGGCUUAUCACACCUGGGGCUUCCCUAGCCCGCGGCGACCAGGAGCAGUCCCAACGUCAGACUGCCCCCAGAUCGCAUCCCAGUGGGGCCAGCCAGCUGUCCCCCUUUUGCGAGGGCGCUCCGGGCGCUCUGGCGAAGUUCGGGUCGUGGAUCGCGGAUUCCGGAGCUCAGAGGAUCUCCCUCCUCCUGACUCCCUGUUCCUGCGGGUAGCCAAGGGGACAGGGGGUUUCAAAGGUCCCCAGGCAGGACACGGAGCUACCCAGCAGACACGUGUCCUGGGAGGACCGCGGCCGGGCUGCAGUUUGACAGUUGGGGAGGGCCUGGGACGUUUCCUGCCCUGGCCUUUUCCGCGGGCAGCCGAUGCUGGAGGCGUCUGCCGCCUCUUCCCCUCCCCCUCCGCACAACUCCUCCUCUUUUUAAAGCUAAAUUGAGUGCAGCUCUGGUGCCUUUCGGCCCUGCCCCCACUCUGUGGAGACUCAAGGUGAAGCUGAUGCUCUCAGAAGAGUCUUUGAAGGAGGCUCAGGCUGGCCAGCCUUUGGUAGUAAAUCAAAUCAUCGCUGAACCGGUGGGACUCUCACCGCAUGAUUUCUCUGCUGGUACUGAAGAAAUGGUGCAAAUAGAUUUACCAAUAAAGAGAUACAGAGAGUAUGAGCUGGUGACACCAGUUAGCACAAAUCUAAAAGGACACUAUCUUUCCCAUAUUCUUUCUGCAAAUCACAAGAAGAGGUCACCCAGGGAUGUGUCAUCUAACUCAGAGCAAUUGUUCUUCAAUGUCACUGCGUUUGGAAGAGAUUUUCAUCUUCGACUAAAGCCCAACACUCACUUCCUAGCUCCUGGGGCCGUUGUGGAAUGGCAUGAGACAUCUCCAGUGCCUGGGAAUAUAACUGACCCUGGAAACAGCCGUCAGCACGGAAGUGCUUCGGAAAGAAUCUGGAGAUCAGAGCCUUUGCAGACUAGCUGUGCUUAUGUUGGUGACAUCAUGGACAUUCCAGGAACCUCUGUCGCCAUUAGCAACUGUGAUGGUCUGGCUGGGAUGAUUAAAAGUGAUACUGAAGAGUAUUUCAUUGAGCCCUUGGAAAGAGGUAAGCAGAUGGAGGAAGCGAAAGGAAGAAUUCACGUUGUCUACAAGAGAUCAGCCCUGGAGCAAGCUCCCAGAGAUGUGUCUGAAGACUCCUACUACAGGGAGUCGGAUCGGGAAGGCCUUGAUGAUCUAGGUACAGUUUACAGCAACAUUGGCCAGCAGCUGAAUGAGACAAUGAGGCGCCGCAGACACUCGGGAGAGAAUGAUUACAACAUCGAGGUGCUUCUGGGAGUGGAUGACUCUGUGGUCCGUUUCCAUGGCAAAGAACAUGUCCAAAACUACCUCCUCACCCUGAUGAACAUUGUAAAUGAAAUCUACCACGAUGAGUCCCUUGGAGUGCAUAUAAAUGUGGUCCUGGUGCGAAUGAUUAUGCUCGGUUACGCAAAGUCUAUCAGCCUCAUAGAAAGGGGGAACCCAUCCAGGAGUCUGGAGAAUGUGUGUCGCUGGGCUUGCCAACAACAAAAACCUGAUCCCAACCACGCUGAACACCACGAUCAUGCCAUUUUCUUAACCAGGCAAGACUUUGGGCCUGCUGGAAUGCAAGGAUACGCUCCAGUCACAGGCAUGUGCCACCCAGUGAGAAGUUGUACCCUGAAUCAUGAAGAUGGUUUCUCAUCUGCCUUUGUAGUAGCCCAUGAAACUGGCCAUGUGUUGGGAAUGGAGCAUGAUGGGCAAGGGAACAGAUGUGGGGAUGAGACCGCCAUGGGCAGCGUCAUGGCGCCCCUGGUGCAAGCCGCCUUCCAUCGCUACCACUGGUCCAGAUGCAGUGGUCAGGAACUGAAGAGAUACAUCCAUUCCUAUGACUGUCUCCUUGAUGACCCCUUUGAACACGAUUGGCCCAAACUCCCAGAACUUCCUGGAAUCAAUUAUUCCAUGGAUGAGCAAUGCCGUUUUGAUUUUGGUGUUGGCUACAAAAUGUGUACUGCGUUCCGAACUUUUGACCCAUGCAAACAGCUGUGGUGCAGCCAUCCCGAUAACCCAUAUUUCUGUAAGACUAAGAAGGGCCCUCCCCUCGACGGGACUGAAUGCGCUCCUGGGAAGUGGUGUUAUAAAGGGCACUGCAUGUGGAAGAAUGCUAAUCAACAAAAACAAGAUGGCAACUGGGGGUCAUGGACCAAAUUUGGUUCCUGUUCCAGGACAUGUGGCACUGGAGUUCGAUUUAGAACACGCCAGUGCAAUAAUCCCACGCCCAUCAAUGGUGGUCAGGAUUGCCCUGGUGUUAAUUUUGAGUACCAGCUUUGUAAUACAGAAGAAUGCCAAAAGCACUUCGAGGACUUCAGGGCCCAGCAGUGCCAACAGCGUAAUUCCCACUUUGAAUACCAGAAUACCAAACACCACUGGCUGCCGCAUGAACAUCCUGACUCCAAGAAAAGAUGCCACCUUUACUGCCAGUCCAAAGAGACUGGGGAUGUUGCCUACAUGAAGCAGCUGGUGCACGAUGGAACUCGAUGUUCCUACAAAGAUCCAUACAGCAUAUGUGUGCGAGGAGAAUGUGUGAAAGUGGGCUGCGACAAAGAAAUUGGUUCCAACAAGGUUGAGGAUAAGUGUGGGGUCUGUGGAGGGGACAAUUCCCACUGUCGGACUGUGAAGGGGACAUUUACCAGAACACCCAGGAAACUUGGGUACCUUAAGAUGUUUGAUAUUCCCCCUGGGGCUAGACAUGUGCUAAUCCAAGAAGACGAGGCUUCUCCUCAUGUUCUUGCUAUUAAGAACCAAGCCACAGGUCACUACAUUUUAAAUGGGAAAGGGGAGGAAGCCAAGUCGCGGACCUUCAUAGAUCUUGGUGUCGAGUGGGAUUACAACAUUGAAGAUGACAUUGAAACUCUCCACACGGAUGGGCCCCUACAUGACCCUGUUAUUGUUCUGAUCAUACCUCAGGAGAAUGACACCCGCUCUAGCCUGACGUAUAAGUACAUCAUUCAUGAAGACUCUGUCCCCACAAUCAACAGCAACAAUGUCAUCCAGGAGGAGCUGGACACCUUCGAGUGGGCACUGAAGAGCUGGUCUCAGUGCUCCAAACCCUGUGGUGGAGGUUUCCAGUAUACAAAAUAUGGAUGCCGAAGGAAAAGCGACAGUAAAAUGGUUCAUCGCAGCUUCUGUGAGGUCAAUAAAAAGCCAAAACCCAUUAGACGCAUGUGCAACAUUCAGGAGUGCACACACCCGCUCUGGGCAGCAGAAGAAUGGGAACACUGUAGCAAGAGCUGCGGCACCUCGGGCUACCAGCUCCGCACUGUGCGCUGCCUCCAGCCGCUCCAUGAUGGUACCAACCGCUCUGUGCACAGCAAGUACUGCCUGGGGGAGCGUCCUGAGAGCCGCCGGCCCUGUAACCGAGUCCCCUGCCCAGCCCAGUGGAAAACGGGGCCCUGGAAUGAAUGUUCAGUGACCUGCGGAGAAGGAACAGAGGUGAGACAGGUUCUCUGCAGGACUGGAGAGCACUGUGACGGUGAAAAGCCCGAGUCCAUCAGACCCUGCCAGCUGCCUCCCUGUAAUGAUGAGCCAUGCUUGGGCGACAAGUCCAUAUUCUGUCAAAUGGAGGUGCUCGCACGAUACUGCUCCAUACCAGGGUAUAACAAGUUGUGCUGUGAGUCAUGUAGCAAGCGCAGUGGGACCCUGCCACCACCAUACCUUCAAGAAGCUGCUGAAAUCCAUAGUGAUGCUAUCUUUGGCCCUAGUGACCUCCCUAGGUCUCUAGUGAUGCCGACACCCUUUCUCCCUUACUACUCAGGGACCCGUGCUGAGAAGAAAUCCUUGAGUAGCAUCUCUUCCGUGGCAAACCCAAAUGCAUACGCUGCUUUCAGAGCCAGCAGCCGACCUAGUGCUAACUUCCCCCAGAAGGAAAUACAGCAGGCCGGAAGAAAGACGAUGGUGUCAGUACCACCCUCCUCAUCUGUAAAGACCGAUCACUUCCAUUCUGCCUCACCCGGGGCUUCUGCCCCCUCCCCGGCUAUCAGUGAUUCAAUAGGUGCUUCUACCCAGGCAAGAACCCCAAAGAAAGAUGGAAGGAAUAUUAGCAAGAGACAUCCUGUCAGGUCAGCCACCUCAGAGAGAUGAGAAAGCGGACCUACGGGGCUAGAGGUCAAAGGGAUACCUGGGCAGCCUCCCUCCCUGCAUGGUGCAUACAGCUUGUUAAAAAGCAGGACUCUCCACACAAGGUUUACUCAUGUCCUCUGUCAAUGGAAGGACAGGAAGUGCUGGUUCACUUUUUAGUUGCUUCCAUCCAUCUCCUGUUCUGCAUCGACCUGUUUACCAGAAUCCAUUGGAAGAAAGCGCCAAAGACUGUUUUCAGAAGGAAAGAGCCUGGCUGCAGUGGCCCCGGCCUAGCAUCCCAGCAUUUGGGAAACCCAGGCAAAAGAAUAGCUGCCAGUCCUGGGCCAGCCUGGAAUGCCUCUCUCAAAAACAGAAAAGAAAUGGAAAAUGGUUAAACGUGUUGCUUGCUCUCUAAGGAAGAAAAGAGCCUGGAGCCGAUUGUGCAUAUCAGCUGAUUUUUUGUUUUGUUUUGUUUUUAAAAAGCUACAGUAAAAAUUAUACAAACAGAUGCCAGUGGUUUACGCUUCAAGAAAUUUUGGAAAUAAUUCUUAGACUUGUAUUCCUAUUUAUCUAUAUUAGAAAUACUGUAUGAGCAAAUUUGCAACUCUUGUGUAAAUACUGUACAUUGCAGAAAUCAGUAUUAUUUUAAAAAGAUGUUCUCAAAUGAUUGUUUACUAUCUUACAUUCCUGGAUGUUCUAGGGUGCCUGUCAUUGAGUAUUGCCUUAUGUGACAUUCCAUGAGUUGAUUUCAGAGCAGAAUAUUAUGAAGAAGUUGGGAUUGCAGCUACUGACAAUAGAAAGAGGAUUUGCCAUGUGUAAUCAGGUGCACAGGUGACUCAUUGUAUCUACUGCCUUCCAUUCUUACAACAAAAGGAACAGGACUGGUGUCUCCAUGUGCUUGUGCACACAGCAUGCAGUGGACAAGCUUAUAUAAGAGAAACCCCAACCUUCUUGCCAUCCUAUCAAAGGGCAUCAUUGAGACAGUGCACAUCUCAACGAUGCCCGGUUCUUGCGCUAACAGUUGUACUUGAUGUACUGUGAUCAUCACAAAUGCGUUGUGUGUGUUCUUUCCUAGCUGAGAAAAGCAUCAUCAGGCUAGAACUGCCACCUGAGUACAUGAGUGCUUUGAAAGCCAGCUCAAGGAAGUGUCUUUGGUAUGGUUGAGAUAUUUAUUUUCUGCAUGGUUCAUAUCUAAAUGUUCACAGCCACAAUGCAUCUGACUGCCGUGCCAUGCUGGUAUUUCUGUCAGUGACCAACACGCUCACACAAAGCCAGAAAUGCUCCCUCCAUGGAGUGGAUGUACAGUACUUGUAUAUAGGAUACAGAUCUGAAGAUAUUUAUUUUAAGAGUUGAUUUUUUUUCUUGAUAGUCUUUUUAUGUCUUUAAUAUUUACACUAAUAUCAAUGACAUUUUAGUAAACUAGAGAGACAUAAUUAGAGGUGUGUGCUGUGUUCUCUGCAGAAAGGACAAAUGUAAAACCAAGCACACAGGCCACUCAGAGAACCCAAAUUGAACAGAUUCUUACUUUAAAAAAAAUUUAGCAGGACUUGAUUAAAUCCAGUGCCCCCCACAUGCUAAGUAAGCACUCUAUCACUGAGCUGUAGCCCCAACACAAGAGCUCCCUAUGUUGCAUGGGCAGGCCUUGAACUUAUGAUCUGCCUGCCGUCACUUCUCAAGAAACUAGGAUUACAAGCAACACCUGUGUUGGGCAUUUGCAUUUUUUAAAGGAUAUAGCAUUUAUUUGUUCCCCUUCAAGGAUGCAUGAAAUAGUCAGGAAUUCAGCUAGCUGUUUAAUGAAAUAGUGAAUAAGAAACAUUUCAAAAGCCAGGCAAGAUGAUGCACAUCUGUCAUCCAAGCAUUCAGAAGCUGAGGCAGGAGGCUUGCUGUGAGUGUGCAGCCAGCCUGGGCUAUGUAGCAAGACCCUGUCUCAAACAAAACAUAUUUUAAGUAUAUAAUGAGUACUUCCUGAAUUGCACUUAGAGACAAAAGGGUUAUGAGCAUGCUUUUGAAGUCAUUUUCGAAACAUAUCUAGAAAUUUGCAGACUGAAGCAGAGCUGCGUUAACCUUUGAAAGCACACACUGAACAAGGCCUUUUGCAUUGUAACCAUCAUAAAUUAACAGUCUAAGCUAUGACUCAAUACCUCGAAAGAUUUGCUGCUACUCCAUGCAAGAAUUUUAAAUGUCAAGUUAGGUGACUUCCUGAUAGUUAACAAUCCCUGAGCCUUACAAAGAUCUUUCUUUCUUGAAAACUUCACCAGAACAAAAUUCUCUCUAGUUUACUUGGGUGUACAUACAUCCUGUCCACAGGGAAUCUGAAGACGGUCACACACAUACACCUCCCAUAAGAUGUACAUAUUCCUUCCACUUUUUACCUAUGCGCUUUCUUUUCUACUAAGCUGAAAGUUCCUUUUUAUCAAGGUGUACACUACUGAUGCUGUUUGUUGUAUUGGGAACACAUAGCAAUAAAAAAACGUGAAAGAGGA